AUGGACCCGUCGCUGCCCAUCGUCGUCGACAAUGGAACUGGUUUCGUCAAAGUUGGCUAUGCAGGUUCCAACUUCCCAGAACACGUAUUCCCAUCAAUCGUUGGUCGGCCCAUCCUGCGUGCUGAAGAACGCGUUGGCAGCGCUGUAAUCAAGGAUAUCAUGAUCGGGGACGAGGCUGCUGAGAAUCGCAACUACCUCCAAAUCACGCAGCCGAUGGAACACGGUAUCGUGCGCAAUUGGGAGGAUAUGAAGCACUUGUGGGACUAUACAUUUGAUGAAAAGCUGAAAGUCAACCCGGCAGGGAGGAAGGUGCUGUUGACGGAGCCGCCCAUGAAUCCCAAGGCGAAUCGGCAGAGGAUGUGUCAGGUUAUGUUCGAGGAGUAUGGCUUUGACGGGGUAUAUGUCGCUAUUCAAGCGGUGUUGACGCUGUAUGCUCAAGGUCUCACUACGGGCGUGGUCGUCGAUUCUGGCGAUGGUGUCACUCACAUUGUCCCCGUAUACGAUGGAUUCGCAUUACCUCAUCUGACAAGGCGAUUAGACAUCGCUGGAAGAGAUGUCACCAGAUACUUGAUCAAACUCUUGCUUAUGCGCGGCUACGCGUUCAACAGGACAGCGGACUUCGAGACGGUCAGAGAGAUCAAGGAGAAAUUAUGCUACGUCAGCUAUGAUCUGGAUAUGGACCAACGGCUCUCGGAAGAGACUACGGUUCUUGUAGAAAGCUACACGCUACCGGAUGGACGGACAAUCAAAGUCGGCUCAGAACGCUUCGAGGCACCAGAAUGUAUGUUCCAGCCACAUCUUGUUGAUGUAGAACAGCCAGGAGUCGCGGAAAUGUUGUUCCAAACGAUCCAGACUGCCGCCGUCGAUAUCCGUGGCGAACUCUACAAACACAUUGUCCUGUCUGGUGGAUCUAGCAUGUAUCCUGGCCUCCCCAGUCGCCUCGAGAAAGAAAUGAAACAGCUAUACCUCACCCGAGUCCUGGGUGGCGACCCCUCGCGCCUGAAUAAAUUUAAGAUCAGAAUUGAAGACCCUCCACGCCGGAAACAUAUGGUCUUCCUUGGCGGAGCAGUUCUCGCCGAUAUCAUGAAGAAUCGCCAGGAAUUCUGGAUAACGCGAGAAGAAUGGUUCGAGCAAGGUGUUCGAUCUCUGGAUAAACUGAACAGGGGCGAGAACUAG